AUGGAUAUUUCUACUAAAAUAUUACUUGACUCUACUAUUGAAUCAAAUAGGGAUUCCAAAAACAUCAUCUUCAGCAGAAUAAAAGAAAUCACUCUCGAAGCCUUUUCCAAAUAAUUUACUGAUGAGAUUCAUCAUUUGCAGGCUGAACUUAGAACUGAAUAAGCUCUUAAUGAUUAAAUUCGAAGGGAAUUUUUGGAAAGAGAAUAAAGGAUCUUAUAGGAAUUUGAUUCUAAGCAAAGAGAAUUUCAACUAGAAUAAAUUAGAGAAAUUAAGAAUCUCCAAGAUCUACUCGAAGGUCAAGAAUCUCAAUUUUAAAAAUAUCAAUUAUUGAAUGAAAAACUAAAAAACUAAAUCAAAGAUAUGCAAAACAAAGAGGUAUCGUUACAAAAUGAAAAUAUCAGAGUCAAAGAAAACCUAUAACUUAGUGAUCAAAGAAAUAAAUCAUUGAGUUCUGAUUUAUGUGAAUAGAGAUAGAGAAAUGAAGCCCUCAAUUCAUUAAAUCAACAAUUAGAUAGGUAAAAUAGAGAUUUCAAAAUUGAAUUUGAAAAAGUUCUUAAAGAACUCUCAGAUUUGAAAAAGAAAUCUUAAUAAUAGAUAGAUCUAAAUGUUUAACUAGAUUAAGAACUUGAGAUAUUAAAAAAUGAAAAUGAAAGACUGAAGACAAAGAAAUUAUAAGAUUAAUAAAAAUAGAAGGAGUUAUUAGAUUAAUUAAAGGAAAAAAGUAAUGCUAAAAUAAAUGAUCUAAAAAACAAACUGACUUAAGCUUAAAAUACAUAAUUACAUUAGUAAUAACAGUUAGAAGAAUUUUAGGAAUUAAUUAAGGAGUCUGAAAAUUAAUUAAAUUAAUUGCAAUAGAAUCAUAGAUAAUCUACAAAGCAAUUAGAACAAUAAUAUAAAAACUAAUUUUAGGAAAUUGAAAUAUAAUAUAUGAACGAAAAGUAAAGUAUAGAAGAUAUUUUAAAAGUUCAAUAUGAAUAAAUACUAGUAAGUAAAGAAAAAAUGAUUUAAGAUUAAAUCAAAGAAAUCAAAUUAAUUAAAGAUAAAAUCUAUUAAUAGAAUUUAGAAUUUGAUAAUUUACAAAGACAAAAUUAACACUCCUAAUAGUAAGUGAAACAGUUGUAGGGAGAAAUAAAGUAAUUAAAUUAACAUUAAGAAGAACUUGAAAAGAUAAAUAGAGAACGAGAAUUAGAGUUGUCAAAAAAGGACUUAAAGUUAAAGAAUUUGUUAUUAGAGCUUGAUGAUGUAAAAAAUUUCUCAGAAUAAACUUUAAAUACAAUGAGAUCAAAUCAAAAUUAAUUUAAUGAAAUUGAAAAAGAAAGGCAAUACUAUUUGAAACUAUUUUAAUAAAUUUCUGACGAUUUGGAAAUAGAAAUUUAAGGAAGUUUUUCAUACCAAAGAAUAGGCUAAAAGGUUGAUUUGAAAUUGAAACAAUUUAGGGAUGAUUUUAAAAAACAUUAGAAAGAAUCCAAAAAAUUAAUUGAAUAACAUGCUUAAGAGAUUUAAGAAAAAGAAUAAAAGUUGAUGCUUCUGCAAGAUAAUUUUAAUGAUGAAAACAAUAAAAUAUAAAAGAUUCUUUCAGAAUAGCAAAUCGAGAACAGAAAGUAGAAAAAUGAAUUCAAAUAAAAAUUGGAUGAAUAGAACAGAAUUAUUAUUGAGCUGUAAAAGGAUCAGAUAUAGAAUAACAACUAAUUAGAAUUUUUACAAAUUUAAAAUUAAUAAUUGGCUCAAGAUUUGGAAAAAAAAAAUGAAUCUGUAAUUAAAGCAUAAAAAGAAAUACAUCAUUUAUUAAAUAGAGAUCAAAUGAAUUAUGAAGAUUCAAAAUAAGUAAUUAACCAAAUCGUAAAUGAAAAAAACUAAAUAUAAUUAUAACUAGAAGAGUCACUCUUUAAACAAAAAACAUGUAAAUAACGAAUCUAUCAAAUUUUAAAUAGACAAAGAGAAUUAAUGAAUAUUUAACUUUUUGAAGUUAAAAAUACCUUUAUAAACAAAUUGAGGUAACUAGAAAGUGAAUGCAAAAUAAUAUUACAAAACUUAUAUAAACAACAAUUAAUCAAAACAGAAAACAAAAUUUUAAUGAUCGAAGCCGAAAAAUAAUAUGAAAUUGAGCAGAUGAAUUGUGAAAUCGAAUAAAAAAUUGAAAAUAUGAAAUACUAAUUUAAAUAAUCUGAACUAUUAAUUUAGGAGGAAGGGUAAUUUAAAUUAAAAUAAAAGUAAUAAUAAAUUGAGUAACUCAUUAUGUCUAAGAAUAAUAGUGUUGAAUUACAAAAUUAAAUUCACUCAUUACACAAAGAAAAUGAAGAAUUAAAGAAAUAAUUGUUAAUAUAAGAGUAGUUAAAAGUUGAACAAAGAUAAAAUCACGAAUUAGAGUUAUUAAGUCUUAAUAAACUAAUAAAGGAACAAUAAGAGGAAUUAUCUUCUUAAUAAUAAUUUUCAGAAUACACUAUGAAUAGAGAAAGGUAAUACUUCGAAUAAAGAUAUCAGGAUCUUAAAUAAAGAUAGGAUAAAAAAAUGGAAUAAGUUUAAUCAGAUUAUCAACUUUAAAUUAAUCAAUUGGAGAAUAUCAUUUAAUUGCCCUCAAAAUAAGUCUCUCCCUAUAAAGUAAAUCAGAAAUCUCCAUAUCAAAAAUAAUCAAUAUUAACAACAAAUAAACAAUAAAAUUUUAGUACUCCGAUUAUUAGUACUGCGAUGAAGACUCCAAAUAAGAAGAUAUCAUAAAUUGAUAAUGCAGAUAAAACUAUCGAAGAUUUGAGAUAAGAGAUAGAAUAACAAAAGGAAAAAUUGAGUAAAAUGAAAUUAUCAUUUACAGAAAGCUAAAAGAAACCGUAUAGAAGAGUAUGA